GAACCUCUCACAACCGUCGUGGCGAUGACGAUCGUUUACGCCGUCAUCCUGGUAACGGGGGUCGCUGGAAACGUCUGCACUUGCAUCGUGAUCGCAAGGAACCGCUACAUGCACACGGCGACCAACUUUUACCUGUUCAGCCUGUCGGUGUCGGACCUGCUACUUCUACUUCUCGGUCUACCACAGGAAAUGUAUCAGUUGUGGCGGAAGUACCCUUACGUCUUCGGCGAAGUCUUCUGCAUCCUGCGCGGUCUAACUUCAGAGAUGUCGACAAACGCGUCCAUCCUGACCAUCACGGCGUUCACGGUGGAACGCUACGUGGCCAUCUGUCAUCCGCUGCGGGCCCACACUAUGUCACAGCUUCCGAGGGCCAUACGGUCCAUCGUGGGUAUCUGGAUUGUGGCCGGUGCGUUCGCGGUACCUCUGGCUCUCCAGUUUGGCAUUGUGUACGAGAAGACUAGGGACGGUGGUGCGCUUAUCCUAGAAUCCGCCGCGUGCAUGCUCAAGCGACCAGUGGAACACGCAUUCACGGUGUCCACUGUCCUCUUCUUCGUGCUGCCCAUCAGUGUCAUAUCGGUGCUGUACGUGCUCAUCGGCAUCCAGUUGCGGAGGUCGUCGGCUGCCACGAGGCGUGAUUGUUCGCCGGAUAUGAACGGCAAGAGCCACAGGAGUAACACCUCGAUGAGGACGCCUCGGCACACCGGCGGCGGUUCCAAGCGCGCCGUCGUCAAGAUGCUAGGUGAGCUCCUCGUAAAGUGCGAGGAAAAGUUAUUUUGA